AUGCCACCAAGCACAAUUCCAAAAGCUUUCCUAUCCUGGAAGCUCCUCCUGCUGGUUAUAGCCCUCUCAACCCCAGCCCCCUAUGACACCUCCACAUCCCUAGUACUCCCAGCGCCAACAACACUCCUACAAUCGUUGCUGGAGAAACUAACUCGGUGGGACGCUAUCUACUUCGUCAAAGUAGCGCACCGAGGCUACGCCAAUGAGCAGGAAUGGGCUUUCGGUUACGGCUUUGUUAAGGCAGUCUGUGCAUUUCAUUGGGGUGCCGCUACCUCCUACCUUUUCUACCCGCCCGACAUGGAGAGCUAACAGUCUCCUAGCCCUCUCCCCGGCCCUCAAGUAUAUGGACCUACCACAACCCUACGAUUACGCCCUCUCCGCUGUCCUCCUGGCGAACCUCGCGCACGCGCUGUCAACAGCUGUACUCUACGCCCUCACACGCGAGGUCUUCCCCUCGAAUAGGAAAUUACCACUCGUGGCGUCACUCCUGCACGUCAUCUCCCCCGCUGGACUCUUCCUUUCGGCACCGUACAGCGAGUCUUUGUUUGCCCUGCUGAGCUUCUCAGGGCUGUACUGCUAUGUGCGCGGACACGUGAUUGUUGCUGGUGUGUGGAUGUUUUUGGCAACCAUGGUGCGGAGUAAUGGGUUAUUGAAUGGAGCUGUGUUUCUGCUGGAUUUUUGGAGGGUUGGGUGGGGGUUUGUAGCUGGGGUGGAGGGGAGGGGUUGGAGGGCUGUGGGGAGGGUAGUUGGGUUGGGGAUUGGGGGGCUGCUCGUUGGGACAGGAUUGGCAUUUCCACAGUGGCUUGCUUACGGGAGGUACUGCCUUGUAGUAGCGGGCACGGGGGAGCUUAGGAGUUGGUGUGACGACACGGUUCCUAGUAUCUACCUUUUUGUGCAGGAGCGGUACUGGUUUGUCCCCCAUAUCCCCAAUCCCUACUCACUCGACUAGAACUAACUGGAGCAGGAACGUGGGCUUAUUCCGAUACUGGGCAAUCCCCAACGUUCCGUUGUUUCUCAUCGCGACGCCAGCGCUCAUCGUCCUCAUGUGCUCCAGUAUAUGGGCGAUCUACGGAGGUGCUGGGCCCGUCGUUAGGAAGUUGGCCAUACCCCAGAUAUUGCUGGCCGUCAUGGCGCUCCUGACAUACCACGUUCAGAUAAUCACGCGGUUGAGCAGCGGGUGCGUGGUAUGGUACUGGUGGGUUGCGUGCAUGAUUUGUGCUGGCGAUGCCCGUGCCAAGUGGAUUGUGCAUUGGAUGGUUUGUUACACUCUUGUGCAGGGCGUUUUAUUCGCGGGUUUCCUGCCGCCAGCUUAGUGGUGUUUCUCUCUAGACUAUAUGGGGUACCGGGUUCAGAGGAUUCGAUUCUGCUGGAGAGGAGAGAACUUGGCUCCUCCAUAAUAGACCUAGCGAUAGAAUAUAUUACCGGUUACAUAA